AUGCUCACUGGUCCAGAACUACACGGACAGACUAUGUCAAAUAUCCGGUUUCAGCAUCAAGAGCAGGAGAUCCCCGCCGUACAAGUUCCCUUCAUGCGUGUUCCUCCAUUACACCCAGAGUUUCCCCUCCUCUUGUCUUCUGUGAGGGUAACUGCUGUUGUAACCCUGCAAAGAGACACCGAUCCCUGCAACACGGCAUCUGCUGACAAGCCAGCCUCCCAUUCAGCUCAGGCUUGGAAGCACAGGGCCGUCGAGAAACCCAAUCCAGGCUGGCAGGGUCUCAACAAUCGCUUCCUGCUCUGUCCGGGCCCACACAGCUAA